AUGGCAUACGUAGUCCAAGAGGCAAGGCAGCAGCUGCGAGGUGAAUGGUCCGAGUGGUCCGCGCCGGUUUGGCGCAGACCGUCGCAUGGGCCUGGCUCACGGAGCCAGUCAGCAGACCCGCCCCUGAGUGCAUUGAGCGCUGUGCCAUUGCACCUGCCGUCCGUGUCUCGUGGUGCGUCGAGAGCAGGGAGUGAAGGCCACCCUCCCAAACCGGAGCCCGAGCACAGGGAGAACACGGAGCGCGCAGAGCCCGCGGAACCCGCAGAGCCCGCAGGCCGCCUUUCGAAGUGCUCCGGCCGCUUGCUGAAACCUCGGAGCUGCUCGGUCUCCUCGGAGAGGUCGUGGGGAUCUGAACUGGAAGUAAAACGCGAAGAUGGAUGGGGCUCGAGUUCCGACGAGGUGGAUGAUGAGCUGCAAAGGAUUGAGCAGGAACUGCAGGACAAGCAGAGGGAGCUUGAAAAAGUGAGGGGAGAUGGUAGUGCCUUGGAAGAGCGGCUCGAAAUGUCAGAGCGCAAUGCAAGGCACUUUGGAGAAUUCGCUGCCCUCUUAGAGGCUGGCCUCCAGGAUGCGGAUCGUGAAGAGGGUGCCCCGCACCGCGAGCUGCGCCCACCACCACGACCUGCAGCUGCUGCAGCUGCUGCAGCUGAUCCUGGCCGCACUCAGGCCAUCGACGAGCUAGUAGAUGAGUGGAGCCGUGCGAGAGCUGCACUGGGAUUGGUGUGA